AUGGAGAGUAACAGGGCGGAAAUUUACGCAAAGAUUUCCAAAGGCGACAACCAAAUGCUACCCGCCAUUCCUCACCAAAUGCCUGAGGCCGCUAACAUUCGCCAACUCUCCAUAGCUCUAAUACAUUGGACGUCCCUAAAUGGAGAAUAUAUGAAUCAUCAAGUCCUUCAAAUUGCAUAUUCAUUAAUCAGCCCUGGGGGGCUAGAACCUACCCGCGAUUCCACGUCUUCCAUUCUCUUCACUACUUCCCCCGAUACGCUUAUCCCAUUUCUUUCAGCCCGGAAUAUCCCCGACAUUUUAGCUAGGGUUCCCGUAAAGCUUGGGAAUAGUCCCUCAUUAAUCCAUAUCAGGCAUCACCAUCCGCCCCAUCAACCCGCUGCUUUUAACGACAUAGGCGUCCUAGUACUGGUGCCUGACUUGGGCCCAAGGAACCUUAGGGAAAAUGAACGUCCUGGGAAAUUUCCCAUCAAGCCUUUCAUAAAUCUUACUUACCUUGCGAUAUGCAUGCCUGCUUCCUCGAGACCGCUCACUACCUUCCUUAAUGUCAGUAUCCAUCUUACGGGCGCCAACUUCCCCAUAAUCCGUAUUCAAUUUCCUUAA